CACCCGUCUCAGCAAAACCAGAGUGGAUUACAUGGCAUUUAUUUACGAGCCUUCUGCACAGGCCUUGAUUCAGUGCUGCAGCCAUACCGACAGGCACUGCUUGACCUAGAACAAGAGUUUCUUGCUGACCCACAUCUUUCCAUUUCACAUGUUAAUUAUUCCUUGGACCAGUUUCAGUUGCUCUUCCCCUCUGUCAUGGUCAUGGUGGAACAGAUCAAGACUCAGAAGAUUCAUGGAUGUCAAAUACUGGAGACAGUCCACAAACAUAGCUGUGGGGGGCUGCCUCCUGUUCGCAGUGCUCUUGAAAAGAUUCUGGCUGUGUGUCAUGGAGUCAUGUAUAAGCAGCUCUCUGCCUGGAUGCUGCAUGGAUUGCUACUAGACCAGCAUGAAGAGUUCUUUAUCAAACAAGGCCCCUCUUCUGGGAAUGUUCCUAGCCAGCCCGAAGAAGAUGACGACGACCUGGGAAUCGGAGGGCUCACAGGAAAGCAGCUACGAGAACUGCAGGACCUGCGCUUGAUUGAGGAGGAGAACAUGUUAGCUCCAUCUCUGAAACAGUUUUCUCUGCGAGUAGAAAUGCUGCCUUCGUACAUUCCUGUGCGGGUUGCUGAGAAAAUCCUCUUUGUGGGAGAGUCUGUACAGAUGUUUGAGAACCAAAAUGUUAACCUGACCAGAAAAGGCUCCAUCCUAAAAAACCAGGAGGACACUUUUGCAGCAGAGCUACAUCGACUCAAGCAGCAGCCACUCUUUAGUCUGGUGGACUUUGAGUCAGUGGUUGACUGGAUCCGGAGCACCGUUGCUGAGCAUCUUUGGAAGCUGAUGGUGGAGGAGUCAGAUUUGCUAGGACAACUAAAGAUCAUAAAAGACUUUUAUCUCUUGGGAAGAGGUGAGCUCUUCCAGGCCUUCAUUGACACUGCACAGCACAUGUUAAAGGCACCACCUACAGCUGUCACUGAACAUGAUGUCAAUGUUGCAUUUCAGCAGUCUGCUCAUAAGGUGCUGUUAGAUGAUGACAACCUUCUUCCUCUGCUGCACUUAACCAUUGAGUAUCAUGGAAAGGAGCAUAAAGAUGCUCCUCAGACUCGUGAAGGGCCUUCCCGGGAGUUAUCUCCACGUGAGGCCCCCGCGUCGGGAUGGGCAGCACUGGGCCUUUCGUACAAAGUUCAGUGGCCACUGCACAUUCUCUUUACUCCUGCUGUUCUGGAGAAGUACAAUGUGGUGUUUAAAUACCUGCUGAGUGUGCGACGAGUGCAGGCUGAGCUACAGCACUGCUGGGCUCUCCAGAUGCAACGCAAGCACCUGAAAUCCAACAGAACUGAUGCCAUCAAGUGGCGUCUGAGGGAUCACAUGGCUUUCCUUGUGGACAAUCUUCAGUAUUAUCUGCAGGUGGACGUGCUGGAGUCCCAGUUCUCACAGCUCCUGCAGCAGAUCACCGCCACCCGCGACUUCGAGAGCAUACGACUGGCCCAUGAUCAUUUCUUAAGUAACCUGUUGGCUCAGUCUUUCAUCCUCCUAAAGCCUGUUUUCCACUGCUUAAAUGAAAUUCUGGAUCUUUGUCAUAGUUUCUGUUCUCUGGUCAGUCAGAAUCUGGGCCCAUUAGAUGAACGAGGAGCUGCACAACUCAGUAUUUUGGUGAAGGGAUUCAGUCGUCAGUCAUCCCUUCUCUUCAAGAUCCUCUCUAGUGUCCGCAAUCACCAGAUAAACUCUGACCUGGCUCAGCUGCUGCUGCGCUUGGAUUAUAACAAAUACUACACCCAGGCUGGAGGAACCUUGGGCAGUUUUGGGGUUUAA